CGACAAGACAAUGGUUAAUUUCUCGGAUGCUUAUUCUAUUCAUCAUCCUAUCAUCAACAAACGAAUUGGAAAAAAAAAGAAGAAAUACAUUAUAAGUGAAUCUCUGCAGUGUCGCUCCGUGAUUUGAAACCAUAUUUAUAUCUAUCUGUAGAAGAAGCCCACUUUAUAAAGAAGUCGCCCCGCUUUUACUUCACGCUUCUUAACAGGAAGAGCUCUCUGUUGGGAGUUAACACAGUGAGAUAAAGAAAGAAAGAUCGAACCUUUCAUUCACAUUUGCUCCGAUAUUUUGCCCCCCCUUGAGUCCGAUGAAAAAAUGGUGUCUGGGAGAAGAUCACUCCGAGCAAUUCUCUUUAUCCUCGCCGUUAUUUAUCGGGUAGAGGUGGGGCAGUCGGCGAUCGGAGUGAACUGGGGAACGGUGUCGUUUCACAGGCUGAAGCCAUCGACGGUGGUGGAUCUCCUGAGGGACAACAAGAUAACGAAGGUGAAGCUGUUCGAUGCGGACCCAGGUGCGCUUGGAGCUCUCAUGGGGAGUGGGAUCCAAGUGAUGGUCGGCAUUCCCAACGAGAUGCUCUCCUCUCUCAGCUCUUCUCCCCUCGCCUCUGAUUUGUGGGUUCGUCAGAAUCUCUCUCGCUUCAUCGGUAAAUCCGGCGCCGAUAUCAGGUAUGUUGCAGUAGGGAAUGAGCCCUUUCUGACCAGUUACAGUGGCCAGUUUCAGAACUAUGUUGUCCCUGCUCUGCUUAAUCUGCAGCAGUCCUUGGUUAAGGCAAAUCUAGCUGGUUAUGUGAAGUUGGUAGUCCCUUGCAACGCAGACGCAUACGAGUCUAAUCUUCCUUCCCAGGGUGUUUUCCGGACCGAGCUCACCCAGAUCAUGACCCAACUGGUUUCAUUUCUCAACUCCAAUGGCUCCCCAUUCGUCGUCAAUAUCUACCCUUUCCUUAGUCUGUAUGGAAAUUCCGAUUUCCCACAAGACUAUGCCUUCUUUGAAGGAAGUACUCAUCCAGUUGUAGACGGGCCUAAUGUCUACUAUAAUGCAUUUGAUGGAAACUUUGAUACCCUCGUUGCUGCUCUCAGCAAGCUUGGAUACGGUCAAAUGCCUAUAGUUGUCGGUGAGAUUGGUUGGCCUACUGAUGGAGCAGUCGGUGCUAAUCUCACUGCAGCUCGGGUCUUCAACCAAGGGCUCGUAAAUCGUAUACUGAGCAACAAAGGAACGCCUCUCAGGCCAGGCAUGCCACCGAUGGAUGUAUAUCUGUUCAGUUUGCUUGAUGAAGGAGCGAAAAGCACAUUGCCCGGUAACUUUGAGAGGCACUGGGGGAUAUUCUCUUUCGAUGGGCAGGCUAAGUAUCGUCUCAGCUUAGGGUUAGGCAACAAAGAACUCAAGAACGCGAAGAAUGUGCAGUACCUUCCUUCCAGGUGGUGUGUGGCGAACCCGUCAAGGGACCUGAACGAAGUUUCCAACCACUUCAGACUUGCCUGCAGUGUCGCGGAUUGCACCACGCUGAACUACGGAGGGUCGUGCAACGAGAUUGGCGAGAAGGGCAAUAUCUCGUACGCAUUCAACAGCUACUACCAGCUGCAGAUGCAAAAUGAGAAAAGCUGCGACUUUGAUGGGCUUGGCAUGGUCACUUUCCUAGAUCCUUCCGUCGGUGAAUGCAGGUUUCUGGUCGGGGUUACUGACAAAGGCUCAUCAUCUUCUUUGGGUGCUGACCCAAUGCAGAGGUUGUCUCUUUGCCAGAAGAUAUUCAGUGUAUUGGUGGUGUUGGCCUUCACAAUGUAAAGGAAUUCUUCUUAGAUGGGCUUUUUUCCAGUGUCCCCUCUUCAUUAGUUACAGGAUAGAGAAACUAUACGGGACUUAUCCUUGUGUGUAGGAGGAAAAGCAAUAUAUAACGAUUAUUCAUAAUAUUACUCAUUA